ACCCUUUGGAGAUUUUCCACAGCUGCAGCUGGCGCUGUGCCUGCAGCCGGCAACACAGCCAUGACAAGGAAGAUGCUCUUCUGAUUCUCAACUUGCCCAUUUUGGUUUUGUUUUUUCCCCUUACCAACCAUGGCCGUGCCGGGGGACAAGGUGUACAACAGUUGCCUCCCUUUUGGUGAGACCCAUCAGAAGCUCUUAGCCACCAUUCUGAUUGUGUUGGGCCUUUUUGCUUUACUGGAAUAUGCCGUUAAACUGAUUGCCUUGGUAAGCAAAAUGAAUCAGUUAUGGAUUACCUUUCCCCCAUUCCUGAGGAAAAUAUAUGAUUUUUUCUUCAAGAAAGAUCCUGUGAAAGUGACUGUGAAAAUCGGCAACCCCCACGAGUCCAAAGCCUUCUCCACUCAGCUGGGCAGGAAAAACAAGGCCUACUAUUCUGGGGAAUGGUCAAGCCACCAUGACACGGAUGACAAGAAAGCCAGUUGGCACAAGAACGAACACCUCCAGGACAGCCAAGGAAGCUCCCACCUAUCUGACCCCGAGACUCCCCAGCCGGCGUGUCCUGUGGGAUCGGUUGCUUCCUGGGUCCGUUUCAGCUUCAGCUCGCCAGUACGCACCCCUGACACGGUAAACAGUUCGGCCAACUAUGGCGUUUUGGCAAGGAGCCACCAAAGGGCCACGGGCGAUAAGCUGCAGAGUUCAGAAGUGACAGGAGGUAGUUCCCACGGGCAACGCUUCUUGACACGCUCUGUGGGCCUAAACACAGAUGGGCCUGCUCCCCACCACUUAACUCAGCCCCACGAGCCCUUUCAUCAUCCAAACAGUGAGACCAAUUUCAUCCCCAGCCCAAUCUUACCUGGUCCCCGGCGGGUGCUGUAUUCUACCUUUGCUCCAGAUACGGCAUCUAGGACCCACCUUAAUGCUGAGGAAUAUGUCUACCCACAUUCUCCCAGAGGUCAUCAGCCCCGUCUUGGCCUAGAGUGGCAUCAGCACUUGCCAACAGCACAGCAAGCAGAGGUCUAUGUCUAUCUGGUCAGUCCACCCCACCCUAGAGCAGAACACCGUCCUGAGCAACCCAACCAAGCAUUCCCAACCUCUCAGGCCAUCUCCAGGAAGGAAAUGCUGGAGAACAGAAUCUCCCUUAACCAAAGCAGGGGCGGCAGCAAUCAAGGCCCUGCGGUCCAAGGGGGCAGCGAUUCCAAUAAGCCACGCAAAAGCAUCUGGGAGAGAAAGCGCCAGAGAAGAUCACUGCAGCCAACCUCAGACCAUGAGAAGUUAGUAGGGAGCAACGGUGGAGUUAACGUCGGGACCCAUGAGCCGUUUUCUCAUAGCCCAUCUCUCUUGGUUGAUAGAGGGAAGGAAGGUCUUGAUGCAACUCCACCCAACAUUGCCAGCUGAAGAUACCCAACGGUCCUUUUGGGCUCUGGAGAUCAGGUGGAAUUCUUGAGGAAGAAACAGCCUUUCCUGCUGCUUCCCUCAACACUUCGGCGCAUAUCUGGGGUCAUUAAAAUAAAGGCAAAGCACAAAGCA